AUGUCUGGCAAGAACAACUCCCGGGAUUGGUGGAGAACCCUGAAGAAAGGACCAGCCAUCGAAUUUAUAAAGCUACCAAUCAAAUAUGUUGACCCGGACGAUGGGGUGGCCAAGUUCGAGCUCCAAGACUGGCCUGUAAUGGACCCACAUAGUAUAUCUGCUUUUUUGUUCGACGAAGCUGGCUUGCGAAUCCCUACAGCAACCCUCAGGGAGUACUGGGAACACAAUGCCCGGUUCCAUGAACCGUGGGCACAGCAGGUGGCCCUGGGCACAAUGCCCCUGGGCAUAUACGGGGACAGUGCUCGUGUCAGCACAAAGUUUGGGAGCACCAACCUUGUCGGUGUCUGGUUUUCUUUUCCACUCUGGAAACCAUGCUCAGUUCGAGCAAGCCGCUUUUUACUCACAGUCAUCCCAGAUGAGAAAUGCUGGAAGCACCACACCAUGACUACAAUCAUGCGGAGAGUGACAUGGAGCUUGAAUUGCCUGAUGGAUGGAGCUCAUCCAAGUGCAGGUGUGUACGGGGAGGCUCUACCAAGUCGCUUGCAGGCACUCGCAGGCAAAAAGUUCCUCUAUCCAUGCAAAUUGGUUGAGAUCAGAGGUGACUGGCAGUGGCAUAAGCGCAUUUGGCGCUUCUUCCAGUGCAGCUGGAACAGCCAUAAAAUGUGCUACAUGUGCAAAGCUAUGGCAGUGUCUGAUGACCCAGCAGAUCUGUACUGGAGGUAUGAGAACAACAACUGGGAGACACAGUUUUCCUUGGAAGAUUUCAUAGCUGAACGUAUGCCACCAACGGGGAUUUGUCCCUUGCUUGGGCUUCGCCAUUUCCAUCCCAGCAUGAUCCGUUGGUGCAUGAUGCACGUGAUUCAUCUGGGGCUCCUAUUCGUUUGCAAUGGAUCGUCCAUGAAUCUUCUACUUCGCUUUGGCGUCUUUGGCAACGAUGCAGUCUCAGUGAAUGUGAAGCUUGCCAGGGCAUACAACAGAUUUCGCAGAUGGACUGCCCAGAACAAGAUCGAAUGCUCUCAGCCUCCUUUCACUGAAAAGAUGUUGUUCAAGAAGAAUAGUGACAUCUUGCUCACGGCGAAAGCCUACAAUGGACGGGUGAUUUUGCAAUGGCUUUGCGAAGAAGUGCAUGCGGCGAGCUUGCAAGAGGGUGCUGAAGCAUUUGAUCCGCGUUUCAAAUUGAUUUCUGCAGCAAUGAUGCAUAUGGCCAGAUUCCUUGGUGGAUUGGAGCGAGCUGGCCGCUAUCUGAAGCUUGGAUUUUGGUCGGAUUGCUGGGCAGCCAUGUAG